UGAUUACCGCUUGCGAAGUAUCCAUCGCUGACUACGCAGUGAAAAUGUCCGCUGACUACGCUACUAAUCCCGCAGUGAACACUUUGCGGGAUUAUCUCCGUAUCCGCAGCGUUCAUCCCGACGUCAAUUACGAUGAAUGCUUGACGUUUCUAAGAAGUCAAGCGGCUGCUAUCGGUCUACCAGUUCAGGUAUUCGAAGUAGUGCCGAAGAAACCAGUACUAGUGAUGACGUGGGAAGGUCUACAACCGGAGCUAUGCAGUGUCCUGCUUAAUUCGCAUAUGGACGUCGUGCCCGUGUUUGAGAAAAGUUGGAAGCACCCGCCUUUCGCUGGUGAGAUAGUGGAUGGUGUGAUCUACGGUCGCGGUGUACAGGAUAUGAAGUCAAUCGCUGUGCAGUAUUUAGAAGCUGUGAGGCGAUUGAAGAACAAAGGGAUGCGUUUCAAGAGGACGGUCCAUCUCAGCUUUGUGCCUGAUGAAGAAGUAGGUGGCGCUAAAGGUAUGGCAGAGUUCGUAAAGACUGACCACUACAAGAAUCUGAGGGUUGGUUUUGCUCUGGAUGAGGGGAUUGCUUGCUCUACCGAGGAGUACCAGGUCUUCAAUGGAGAGAGGACUAUUUGGCACUUAAAUGUUAUCUGUCCGGGUAAAUCGGGCCACGGAUCUUUGCUACUACCGGAUACGUGUGGUGAAAAGAUUCGAUACAUUAUAGACAAGUUCAUGGAUCUACGGCAGGUGUCGAAAUCUAGACUGGAAAAUGAUCCAAUGCUUACCAUUGGUGACGUCACUUCUAUCAACUUAACAAUGAUCAGUGGUGGUAUUCAAGAUAAUAUAGUGCCAGAAAAGAUGAGGGCGACAUUCGAUAUCCGUCUCGCAACGUCUGAGGAUCUAGAGGCAUUUGAAAAUAAGAUAAAGCAAUGGUGCAGGGAGGCCGGUGCUGGUGUGACGUACAACUUCAACCAGAAGGACCCGUACGUGCCGCCCACUGCUGUCGAUACAACUAACCCAUACUGGAUUGCGUUCAAAUCAUCCGCUGAUAAACUUGGUAUAAAGCUCGCUGUGCGUACAUUCCCCGGCGGCACCGACAGUCGCUAUAUCCGCGCGACUGGCACGCCGGCUUUAGGGUUCACGCCCACACACCUCACACCCUCCUCCUUGCACGAGCACGACGAGAACUUGCCAGUGGAACAGUUCCUCAGAGGUAUAGAGAUAUACGAAGAGAUACUGCCAGCUGUCGCUAAUGUAUAAUCUAUACUUGAUCUGUGUGUGAAAAAUAAAAUGGAUGCAUUUA